UGUUAUUUUGUUUUGGUACAGUACUUGCAGUCAUUUGUGACAAAAUGGGCACGCGAAAUAUGGAUAAUACGGUGUUAUAAUACAAUGUUCGCUUACCUGAAUCAUACAUUACAUAUAGUAAAUAUUCCAUCAAGAGAAAACAAAUUGGAUAAUCUAAAAUCGUUAUAAAUGGAUAAUGUAAAAGAAGAUGUAAAGUUUAAGAGCGUGUUGAAUGAAGCCAGCAAGAAGAAAGCGAGAGAAGAACUGAACGAGUUAAAUGAGUCAGAUCGGGCAAUUGCUGUACAGACGUUCCGUAAAUGGAUUCUAGACCAAGAUUAUAUCCGGACACCUACAGAUUUCGGUUUUUUAUUACGUUACUUGCGAGUAAGAAAGUUUAGUCAACUUGGCGCCCGUCAAACCCUCGAGAAUUAUUGGACAUCUAAAACAUCAACACCAGAAUGGUUUAAAGAUGUGGACCCGAGUGAUCCUGGCAUACAAGUUAUUUUGAGAUCUGGGUACGUAAUGAGCCCAAAACUGUACGACAGUAAUGGACGACGACUUGUUUUUGACAGACCAGGGAGAUUGGACGCUGACACGGUGAAAAGAGCGGGCGGUAUAGCAACUGUUUUCAAAACAAUUUGUAUGUUUGUUGACUGGGUUAAUACAGACGAAAAUAUCCAAGUAAAUGGCAUUCAAGUUUUUGCGGAUCUCUCUAACGUAACGUUAUCAUCGGUAACGACGCUGUGGACGGCAGAAAAUGGAAAACGACUUAUGCAUUUCUAUCAGAAUUCUGCACCAUCGAGAAUCAAGCAGGUCCAUUUUUACAGUGAGCCGGUUUUCUUUGAUGCUGUCUUUGCAUUGAUGAAGCCAUUGAUUAAACAGAAAAUGCGAGAUAGGCUAUUUCUACACGGAAACAGCAUGGUGAAUGUCUAUAAGGAAAUUGAAAAAUGUAUUUUACCCGACGAGUACCUUCCCGACGACUAUAACGGUCCGAGUGCUGGACCGGAGAGUAAAAUCAUUGACGACAUGAUAGCGGAAAUGACGCAACCGGCGUUCUCAGAUUACAUAAAGAAAUUAUCAAGUGGAGAAUAUGGAAUUGACUUUGAUAAAAAGAAAACGUUUGAUGGUGCCCCUUCCGAAUCAUUCCGGAAACUCAAUGUUGACUGAUUUACAUUAUCAUUAAGCAACGGUGUUGUUAGUCUUAUUGAGUAUUUAGUGAUUAUUUAUAACAUCUAACUGUGCAAGGAAAGUUAAUAUUUUUUAAGUUUAGACAAUGUGUAAACUGAACUAAAAUGUUCCAUUUCUUGUUGUAUGUGUCCUCUAUAUAUUUCAUACAAAUUGUAUAUUUGCUCAAAAGAAAUGCACUUUCUUUCUAUUUGUUAUUGUUCUUGAAAAACGUCCAACGUUUGAUACAUAUACAUAUACAUGUAUUGCUAUAACAAAAAAUCACGCA